AUGGCGGCCAUCGGAAAUUGUUCUCUACUGGCCGAGAGAAUCCCCGCAAACCCCCUUACUAGAGAACUCUCCUGGAAUUUGCGUCUUUCUCCGAGCUUUUUCUUCAGCAGAUAUACACCGUACACUCGAGGCUUAAGCAUCAGCACCAAAGCUCACAAUCAACCCACUGCAAUUCAGGCCAAACAUGAAAUUCCCAGCUUGAACACCUCCAUAAACCUUGACAUGAAUUCCAACCUGAAGGUGUCCGAAAAACACGAUUAUAGCAUACUGAUCUCGUGCAAAUUUUGCGAGGCACGAUCGAUGAAGACCAUGGCUAGCGAUUCAUACAAGGAGGGAGUGGUUAUUGCCAAGUGUGAUGCCUGUGACAAUUUGCACGUUAUUGCUGAUCGAUUAGGAUUGUUUGGGGAGCCUGAUAGUGUUAGUGUGGAGGACUUUUUGGCUGCCCGUGGGGAGGAAAUCAAGAACGGUCCGAGUAGCACUGUGAACCUGACGCUAAAAAUUCCCAGCUCGAACACCUCCAUAAACCUUGACAUGAAUUCCAACCUGAAGGUGUCCGAAAAACACGAUUAUAACAUACUGAUCUCGUGCAAAUUUUGCGAGGCACGAUCGAUGAAGACCAUGGCUAGCGAUUCAUACAAGGAGGGAGUGGUUAUUGCCAAGUGUGAUGCCUGUGACAAUUUGCAUGUUAUUGCUGAUCGAUUAGGAUUGUUUGGGGAGCCUGAUAGUGUUAGUGUGGAGGACUUUUUGGCUGCCCGUGGGGAGGAAAUCAAGAACGGUCCGAGUAGCACUUUGAACCUGACGCUAAAAACAACCUAG